GUGUGGAACAUGCUGUCAUUGUUACAAAACAAAAGACACCUGACAAAAAACCAAACUGUCAAACCCCAGCUUCAAAAAGAAAAUUUUACAACAAAACAAAAUAUUUUGGCUAAAAAUACAGCCCUGUAAAAUUAAAUUGGCAUAAUGGUGCGCGUAACCUCUGUUCUUGCUCGUGUUCCCGUUAUUAAAUUUCGUAAGGGUGGAGCAGGAUUAGCUGGCAGAGGUGGCGCCGGUCAAGCAUCUGCGCCACCGGCUGGCGGUCAAGGAGCUCCUGCCCCAGCACAGGUGCAGGGCACUGCACCCAUGAGCACGUCUUCCAUUCCUGAUAUUGAUUUACCACGUCGUUACAGAAGAGCCCCCCUAACAGAGGAAGAAAUUGAGCACAUCAAUGGCGGUGGAAUUGUUUAGUCCCUCAACUUACCAUAUAGUAGAUGCAGUUUUCAAAAGUAGACCUUGGUUAAUAAAUACACAGUAUUUAAUAACUUAGCUACUAGUAGCAUUAGAUAUAUUAAUUUAAAAAAUUGAGCAGCAUUUACAUUUGUAAAUCAUAUGCAUGAGUUGCAAAGCUGACAGCAUCAGCAUAACAUGUAAUUAUUGUCAUGCUGAACUUCAUAACUGUUAGUAAUGUUUAUACUGGUCAGGCAUUUGAAAUACAUAUAGUUAAAUUAUUAGUCACUUUUUAUCGAAUAACAUUAUUUAUUUACAACUUUCAGUCAUAUAUUUAUAUGCACUUAAUAUUGCAGACAGGACCUUCCCAAUCCCAAUCCAUGAAAAGUAAACAAGACGCACCAACAACACUGGGAAUCAUUAAAGUGCCACGUGGUGUUCUCAUUGAUUGUGGAAACAAGAAAAAAGACGUAGUGUCUUUGAACAUUGUUUUACAAAAAUGCAAACCAAAAAAUUGAUGUGAUUUGGUAUAUUGUGGCUAGGUUCCUGCAUGUAGUUAAAAAAGCUCUUGAAUAUUUAUGUACAAAUAAAAAAUUAUACAUAAUACACAAAACAAUAUCA